AUGAAGAAGGAACUCCCAUCUGGGAGUCUGGUCAUUUGCUAUGCAGACGACACUCUGGUCCUGACGGCUGGGGAGGAUUGGGAAGAGGCUACUAUUCUCUCCAAUAUCACUACGGAUAUUAUUAUUCGGAGGAUCCAGGAUUUAGGUCUGGAUGUAGCUCCUGAGAAGACAGAGGCAGUGGGCUUCCACGAUAGAGGCAGACCGGCCCAUACAAAUAUAAGGAUAUUAGGGACAAGUGUGAAAGUCGGUACAACUAUGAAGUACUUGGGUCUAACAUUAGACAGUAAAUGGAAGUUUGAGGCUCAUUUUUCCAAUCUCGCUCCAAGACUGGAGAAGGCUGCACUCAGCCUUAGUGGACUCCUCCCGAAUUUGGGUGGACCCAAUGACAAAGUGAGGAGAUUUUACGCUCAGGUGGUGGCUUCAAUGGCCCUAUAUGGCGCCCCUGUGUGGGCGUAUGAAAUAGUUAAGAACAGGAAGUGUCUACAAGUUAUUAGACAAACGCAAAGGAGAAUGGCCGGCAGGCUUAUUAGGGCAUACAGGACGACCUCUUGGAUUAGUAAUACGGUCCUGGCAGGGAUGCCUCCUUUUGAACUGGAGGCUAGGAGACAGGAAGAGGCUUAUGCCAGAAUUACCGAGAUAAGGAGAAAUACUCCGAGGCAUAUCCCGGUACCCAGGGCUACCAUAGAAGGCAUAAAGGUGGAGACCAAGCGUAACCUGAUUAGGAAAUGGAAGGUAUGGCUGAAUGACCGGAUUCCUCAGGAAGAUGUGGUUAUCAGAGCCAUUCGAAAUCAAUUGGAGGAUUGGUUGGAUGCAAAAGUGGGGCUCUCCUUCCGGGCGACGCAGGUCCUGACGGGACACGGUUGUUUCGGACGGUACCUGUGUCGCAUCGGGAGGGAGCCUCUUCCAGAAUGCUGGAGCUGUGGAGCAGAGAUGGACUCUGUGAAACACACGCUCAGAUACUGCCCGGCUUGGACAAUUGAGAGGAACGCGCUACAAGAUGUAUUGGGUUUAAACCCCGACUGGAGGACUAUCAUCUCUGCUCUAAGAAGAGAAGACGGAAGAAAAGCCUUCAUGGAAUUCUGUGAAGGAGUUAUGCGCAAGAAGGAGGAUAUGGAUAGAGACAGAGAAAGGGCGGUGGUUGUUAGUUGA